GCUUCCCCAUCCCAGAACUCCGCAAUUCCCGCUUUUCCCCGAAUCCCACCUUGGGGGCUGUGACACCAUCAAUGACAUCAUCAAUGAUGUCACCGAUGACGUCACUGAUGAUGAUGAUGAUGAUGAUGAUGAUGAUGAUGAUGAUGAUGAUGAUGAUGAUGAUGAUGUCACUGAUGACGUCACCGCCCGCAGCGGCCGGGCUGUAUUACCUGGCAGAGCUGAUCGAGGAGUUCACCGUGCUCACCAAGAGGAUCAUCAAGUACAUGAUCUGGUUUUCCUCGGCGGUGCUGGUGGGGCUGUACCUGUUCGAGCGAUUCCCGGCGUUCCUGGUGGGAAUGGGGCUCUUCACCAACCUCGUCUACUUCGGAUUGCUCCGGACUUUUCCCUUCAUCGUCCUCACCUCCUCCAACUUCAUCCUGUCCUGCGUGCUGGUCGUGGUCAAUCACUACUUGGCAUUCCAAUAUUUUGCCGAGGAAUUUUAUCUCUUCUCCGAGGUUCUGGCGUAUUUCACCUUCUGCCUGUGGCUGAUUCCCUUCGCCUUCUUCGUGUCGCUGUCGGCCGGGGAGAACGUCCUGCCCUCCACCGUGCAGCCCGGAGACGACGUCGUCUCCAAUUAUUUCACCAAGGGAAAACGCGGGAAGCGCUCCGGGAUUCUCCUGAUUUUCUCCUUUAUCAAGGAAGCCAUCCUGCCCAGCCGACAGAAAAUCUACUGAAAUCCGGGAAUUUCCCGGGAAUUUCCCCACGGAUCCUCAUCCGGGAUUAUCCCAAACUGUGCCUCUCUCCGCCGGGAAUUCCUCGGGGAAUUCGGACUCGGACGCUCCUGGAGCGCUUGGAGCUUUUCCGGCUUUUUUUUUUUUUUCCCCCCCCUGGCUGACGUCGGGAUGGGAAUUUUGGGAAUUUUUGGGAAUUUUUGGGAGUUUUCCCAAUUCCCGUUUUUUUUUUUUUUUAUGGAGAUGCUCCCGACAGAGCCGCGGAUUGGAAAGAAACCGGGAAAAAUCGGGAGAAAUCCGGAGGAUUUUACGGAGCUGUCCCUUCAUCCCGUUUUUUUUCCAGAGGGAAAGGACCUGGAAUGAUCCCAAAAAAAACCCCCCAAAAUCUCGGGAUUUGGGAGGUUUAAAUCCCGGAAAUUCCCCGUUUUUCCCCUCCAGCAAAACUUUGGGAAGGAGUUGAUGGAUUUCCAUGGGAAUCUCCUCGGUUUUCCAGGGAAUUCCCAGAAUUCCCGGAUUUUUCCUUCUUCCUUUUCCAAAGGAAAAUCUUCCAAGGGAGAUGAAAAUUCCAUCCUAAAAUUCCCGGUUUUAUUUUUCUCCUCCCCCUGGAAUUCUCCUGAAUUCCCACAGAAAAAUUCCAAGAGGAAUUUCGGGAAAAGGAUCUCGAAUCCCACGGAAUUCCAACCGGGAGAAUCCCAACCCUCUGCCGGAUUUGUUUUAGGGAAAAAAAUUCCGUUGGAAAAGUUGGAAUUUUCCCUUUGAGACCUCUGGAUUGGCUUUUUUUUUUUUUUUCCCCCCACUUUUCGGGAUUUGCUGGAAAAUUCCUGGAUUUGGGAAUGGGAUGAACCAGGACGAGAACAAGGAAAUUCAGGAAUUCCCGAUUCCCUUAAAUCCCGAUUUUUUCCCGGGAUCCAGGAUGGGAUCCCGGGCGUUUUUCCAACCCGGAUCCCGCUCGGAAUUUCCUGGAGCUGAAGCAGAUUCCAGGGAAAUUGCGGAAUUACAGAACUUUCUCAGCAGGAAAAGGAAAAUCUGGGAUGAAACCUCCCUGAAUUUGGGAAAGCCGUUCCCGGGAAUUCCGGGAAGGCGAGAAAUUCACGGCUAAGGUGGAAAAUCCCAGAUUUUCCUUGAGGAUUUGAGGGUUUUCCUUGGGAUUUGGAUUUUUCCGGAUCCCUGGAAGGAUCCAGGGCCGGGAUUGUGGAAUUUGGGUGGAAUUUUCCCACCGGAAUUCCGGGAUUUUCGGGGGAAAAAUCCUCAGAUUCCGAUCCCAGCUCCCCCAUCCCUUGGGAUCAUCGAUUUUCCUGGAUCGGGAAAGUGCAGGAAAAGUGGGAAUUUCCAUUCCCUGGAAUUUCCCUGGAAGCAGCAGGGAGAGCCCAAAAAAAAAAAAAAAAAAAAAAAAAAAAAAGCCGGAUUUGGAAAAAUCCGGGAAGAAACUCCAAGAUUUGGGGAAAAAAAAAAUCCGGGAAAAUUUCCUGCUCCUUUUUCCAGCAGGAAUUUCCCUUUUCCAGGUUUUUUUUUUUGGGGCGGGAAUUCAGCCUCUCCCUCCCGAUUUUCCUCCUGGAAAAUCCGCAGGGAAAGGGAGCAGGAAUUCAAGGAAAUCCGGGAAAAUCCCGGAAAAUCCCUCCCAGCCUUAAAUAUUCCAGGAAAAGUGGGGAAAAAUAAAAAAAAAAAUAAAAAAUCCGGGAUAAAUCCGAAGGAAUUCCUGGGGAACGGAGGAUUUGGGAUUCCCGGGAAAAGAGCUUUGGAAUGCCGGGAAUAAUUCCGGCUGAUCCCAAAUCCAAAGGAAAUAAAGGAUUUGAUUUGGAUGUUGUAGAAAA